AUGCCGUUAUUUCUACAAUCCAUUUAUUUUCUGUUUUUAUUUUUCUUAACAUUUUGUCAUUCACUUCGUUCACCACUAGAAGUUGAAAAAGAUUCAUCUGUCUAUAAACUUUUGGAACAUUAUCAUCACUAUACGGAAUUAGACGGAUUAUUACAAACAUGGUCAAAAAAUUAUUCAAAAAUUUCGCAAGUAUUUUCCAUUGGCAAAUCAUUUACAGGACGUGAAUUAUUUGUAUAUCGUUUGACUUCGCCAAUGAUUAACAAUACAAAUGUGGAUGAUAGUAUCAAUAUCGAACAAUUAUUAAAACCAAAAUUUAAGUUUAUUGCUAAUAUGCAUGGUGAUGAGACAAUUGGCCGAGAAAUGAUGAUAGCAUUAAUCUAUUAUUUAUUAUUAAAUGCAAAAUCUGAUGAAAGGAUUAAUCGAUUAUUAACAACAACAGAUAUAUAUAUUAUGCCAACAAUGAAUCCUGACGGUUUUGAACGUGGUAGGGAAGGUGCAUGCGAUAGUUCUAGUGAUCAUGGACGAAACAAUGCAAAUGGUGUUGAUUUAAAUCGAAAUUUUCCUAGUCAAUUCGAUUCACCAAAAGACGAUUUAUUUAAUAAUAGAGAACCGGAAACUGUUGCAGUUAUGAAAUGGAUAUUAAAUGAAAAUUUUGUUCUUUCGGCAAAUUUACACGGUGGAGCUGUGGUGGCUUCUUAUCCAUAUGAUGAAACGGCAUUACAUCAGAUGAAUACUUACGGAGCAGCACCGGAUGAUUCAUUAUUUCGACAUUUGGCGCGUGUUUAUGCAAGCAAACAUUUGACAAUGCAUCGUGGUAAUUUAUGUAACGAAAAUUUUCCGGACGGUAUUACAAACGGUGCCAGAUGGUAUGAUGUGCAAGGUGGCAUGCAAGAUUUUAAUUAUUUACACAGUAAUGCAUUCGAAAUAACUAUCGAAUUAAGUUGUUGUAAAUUUCCAACAUCUGGUACAUCAUUAACUGAAGAAUGGGAUAAUAACAAAGAAGCGUUAUUGUCAUAUAUUGAACAGGUUCAUAUGGGGGUAAAAGGUUUAAUUCGCGAUUCUGUUAGUCAUACGGGCAUAUCAGGUGCUCUUAUUCAAGUCGAAGGUAUAUUACAUCCUAUCAGAAGUGUUUCCCAAGGUGCUUACUGGCGUUUAUUAUUGCCCGGUUUAUACAACAUCACUGUUACAGCAUCCGGAUACGAACCACAAACCAAAAUGUUGGUCAACGUGAUCACUGAUAAUACGACACGAUUAGAUUUUGAUUUAAUUCAAAUAUCAUCUAAACCAAUACUAUCAACCGAUAAUUUAAAUAUAUUAUCGAAUUAUGCCAAUAUUCUAAUGUCAGGUGAAUCUGUUGCCAAAGAUAAUUUUUUAAAAACAUUACUUGAACCAUCCUCAUUUCAUUAUCAUACUUACUUACAAUUAGUUGAUCAAUUAAAAUUAUUAAAUAAAAAAUAUCCAAAUAUAACGAGUUUAUACACGAUAGGUAAAAGUGUACAAAAUCGAGAUUUAUGGGUCAUUGUCAUUAGUGAUCAACCAUUGAUACAUGAACCAGGUGAACCAGAAUUUAAAUACAUUGCAAAUAUGCAUGGUGAUGAAUCAGUUGGUAGAGAAUUAUUGUUAUUAUUUAUUGAAUACUUGUGUAUCAAUUAUCAGCAUAAUGAUUAUGUUACUCGUCUAAUUGAUAAUGUUCGAAUUCAUAUCAUGGUAAGCAUGAAUCCCGAUGGUUUUGAAGCUGAAUAUAACCAACAUGAUUUCGUAAAUACAGAUAAAUAUGUUAAAGAUAAAGGACGUCCAAAUGCAAAUAAUAUUGAUUUAAAUCGUGAUUUUCCAUCAAUUAAUUUAAAUGAAAUAAAUCAACAAUCAAAUGGUGCCGUUGUUGUCAAUAAACAAACACAAAAUCGUUUCGAUAAAUUAGAUAGUAAACAUUUAGAACCUGAAGUACGAGCGGUUAUGCAUUGGUCAAUUGUUUACCCAUUUGUUUUAUCAGCAAAUUUACAUGGCGGUGCUCUAGUCGUCAAUUAUCCAUACGAUGUUAAUGUAGUAUAUAAAAAUGGAAAUUCUAGCAAAACACCGGAUGAUGAUACAUUUCAAAUGUUAUCUAGAGCCUAUUCUCAAGCUCAUCCUACAAUGCAUGAUGGAAAUAGUUGUGUAAAAUUUAAAGAUGGCGUAACAAAUGGCGCAAAUUGGUAUAUCGUUAAUGGUGGCAUGCAAGAUUGGAAUUAUGCUUAUACAAAUGAUUUUGAAAUAACAAUUGAGCUUGGUUGCAUUAAGUAUCCAGCGGAAGAACAGUUACAAACAUACUGGAACGAUAACAAAGGAGCUUUAUUAGUAUUUGUCACACAAGUUUUUUUUGGUAUUCGUGGAUUUGUUUAUGAUAUCAAAACAAAAAUGGCACUAUCUGGGGUAUUGAUUCAUGUUCAUGGUAUUAAUCAUAAUGUAACCACAUACCAAGAUGGAGAUUUCUGGAGAUUAUUAGCACCAGGAACUUAUAAUGUAACUGCCGAACGUCUUGGUUAUGCAUCAGAGACAAAAGAAAAUGUUGUUGUUAGAAAUCAUUCAUCAACAUUGAUUGAAUUUCAUUUAAAUAGAACUAAUCCAAUAGAAGAAACAGUACCAGCAUCAUCAGAUUCAAACCAACAACAAACAGUCUAUCAACGAGCAAAAUAUUUUGUUUUACAUGAGAAAGCUUUUCUGUUUAUUGCUGGUAUUUGUGCGUUAGUAUUGUCAACAUGUUUGAUUACGUGUGUAAUUUGUUUGAGAUGUGCUCGAAGUCCAGUAAAAGAAAAAGAUAGAAGAGGAUUUCAACGGUACGAACCUCUGGCAACGGAUAUCAGUCAAGAAUGUGAGACUCGUCCAAGACAAGCGCCCAUUAGUCAACUGAGAAAUAUCUUUUCAAAAUCUCAAACAAACGAUGACAAUGGACGAUUAUUAGCCGCUGAUGAUGAUUCGGAUGAUGAUAUGGAUGUUCCUCAAAGAUCAUAG